AUGGCGUCAACACCACCGCCUCCAUCGCCGUCUGAGCUUCGCGUACCCAGGGCGCCGCGACAUGGGGCAAAGCACGACAACUAUGAACCUUACCCUACACGCUACUCCGCGAGACUUGCAGGUCAACGAGUGCCAAGGGUUGUCCAAACCACGCCACCCCCAAGUCACCCAAGCGCAUCUGCCAAACCUGGAGCAUCUAAAAGAACUCUUUCGCCCUCUUCGCCUGGCACCGCCAAACCCUCACCCAAAAAGGUUGCACGCUCCCACAGAACUGCUGCCUCCCGAUUUUCUCCCUUUGAGUCGGAACUUGGACUUCCCCGCACCUCUGCACACACCUCCCGAUCCUCUGCAGAACAGGCUUUACCUACCCCAGCUAAAACUCCUUCGAAGAAGGUAAUCAAUUCCGAUCCUUCUACAUCUCGUUCUCUGUUUCCUUCCACUUCCACGCCCAAACGCAGAAAAAUGGAUGCUCCCAAACACUCUGCCGCAGAACCCCCAGCAAUUUUCGUCGACGAGCCUUUAAUUGGGUACACUAUUGAAGCUGCAGAGCAAGAAUUGGGCAUCCCUAUUCAUGAGGAUUCACGUGAUCGCAUCCCUGUGGUCGGUCCGCUCUCGACUGAUUCGUUCAUUUCCAAGGCUGCAAGAGCGGUCGGACGACCUACGACUCGCUCAACCACCACCCACAAAGAUGGAGCUUAUUAUGUCCACCGUGGAAAGAAAAUAUUCAAGCGCUUUGAUGACAUGGAAGAUGAGGCUGAGGAUGAAGAUGACCUUGGUCUUUUCGCUAACCGCCCCGACCUGCUGGCCGAUAACCCUGAUAUUCUCAAGAGCGUGAAGCCUUUGAAACGUGGUGAAAUCAAACCUCGUCUCCUCUUUUCUACCCCCAUUCAGCCUACCGAUGGUGAUGAGGAGGAUGUUACCGAUGUCGAGGAUCACGAGCCAAUGUCUCCAACUCCGGCUUACGAAGACGAGACACGUCUGACUCCUCCCAUCUUGCCAGAUCCAGCCACCCCUUCCUUUGAGUCCGAGGACUCAUCUGUCGUUCGCCCUGCCCCUGUUGGACGUUCUGGCCUCCGUUUCCCUCGCUCUGCUAUAGGCGAUGUGUCUCCUUUCCAGCCCGCUUCAUUCUCUGAGGACCUUGGUCUCAGCGCUUCUACCGAUGACCAGACUCGGUCCCGAGGCCUCUCUGUCAGCAGUGGUAGCAGCCUCCUGAAGUACUGGCCGUCUGUCAGCAGGAAGACGCGGGAAGUUGAGGCUCCUACCGACCGUGUGAAGCGCCUCCGCCAGGCCCGCGGUAGCCCUGCCACACGCACCCGACAGGCUAUGCGCGCAGAAGCUUCUGGAGAGGCUUCGACCGCUAAGCCGUCUACAUCUGAUUCCUAG